AUGACCGAGGUCACCACCGAUCCGGCUCUUGUCCUUGUUCCCGGCAAUGAAGACACCAGCCACAUUGACACCAGCGCUGCAGAUACUUCAAAGUCCCUCCCGCCCAAGGAACGCCAUUCCCUGACGCUCGAUCAAAGACGCGCGCUUCGAAGAUGGGCCAAUUCGCAAUCUGUCCGGCCUUCGCACAAGGCUUGCAUUGAGUGGUUCCUUUCUGAGUAUGGUCAGCACAUUAGCCAGUCGACCGUCUCGCACUCUUUAUCGCCAAAGUACUCGCGCCUCGAUGGCGAGGUGCAACACAUGGCGGGGUCGCGUCUGCGCUUUGGGAACUGGCCCGAUGUCGAGAAGCUCGUCCUGAAGUGGUACCAGCAGGUGCAGAACACUGGUCGGCAGCCCACCAAUGAAGAGCUCGGCGAGAAGGCCAAGGCUGUGUUCGCGCAGCUCCCUCGUUACAAAGAAGACGCGCCGCCCGAAUUCUCGCCUGGCUGGAUACACAGGUUCAAGAAGCGAUACGGCCUGCUGGUCAGACGUCAACGCCGCCAGGGCGACCCAGGGCUGGACAUGGCCGAGGACAUCAACUACCUCGCAGAGUGUCUGCCACGCUUCAUGGAGGUAUCGCAAGGAACGAGUCCAGCGGCUAUCAGGGAGCAGAUCGCCCGAGGCGUAGGCGUGGAACCGUCUCUCGGCAUCUGCGCCUUGGUACGCGAUGAGGUGAUCAGGCGCAUGUCACAACAGCAGUCCCUCCCGCCACCCAUGUCAGACACGGAGCCUCCCACUCUUCCACCGCCACAGCCGGAGCAAUCAUUGUACGGAGACGAGGAUCCUGACAUAGUGUUACAGAAUGCCCUCCGACAACUGCAGCAAGAGGAGGAUGCUGCUGAGCAACACGCAGCCGCGGCUCGUGAGGAAAGAGAGCGCCACGAGCGUGCAGCACUCACGCACCCCAUGGAGUCAACACCCGAUGGCUCCCAAUCGGUGGUUGGGCGUUUUACCAGUCCUGAGCAUGAGAUUGGUCCUCCUCCUGAUCUCACCUUGACGCCGAUUCAGGCCAAUCAAACCAUGGCAGAGGAGGAGUCACCUGUUCGUUGCCCAUAUUGCAUCAACCAACGGAUGCUGCGGACGAUAAAGGAAGCUGUAGAGCACUUGUCAACCCAUGUUGUCGUCUGA